UGUCCCCCUCUGCAAGCAGGGGAUGAGGGCUGUGCCUCCCUUUGCUGGCUCCAGUGAGGCUCCGGGGCAGAAGCAGCUCUAUGAGAUAUGCCUCGCUGCAGAGCGGAGCAGCAGCGUAACAGAGAGACGGUGGCAGGGCCGAAAGCCUCACAAAGACUCAGAGAGUGGGCUCCGUCCCUGUCGCUCCUGUCCAGCGCCGGCGCCUGUCCAGCGAGUCCGCAGGCGGGAGGGCCGGAGGCACCAAAAGCCAAUAGACGCGUAGGGGCGGGGUCUCAACCAUAGUUUUCGGCCAGCUGGGCGUGGCCUUAGCAACCACGCCAAUGAGAGUGCGAGGGCGGGGCCUGAAUAGACGCAGGAAAUGGCGACGGCCGUGGGGUCUGUGCGCGAUGGGGGCGGGGCCUGGUUGUGGCCCCGCCUUCACCCGGCCUCAAGCUCCCUGGGUGGGAACGGGGUCUCCAAGUCCCGGGCUGGUUGUCCAGACCCCGAAGUCAGCGCGGGGAAGGGCCGCGGAUGCCCCAGUCAGAGGAAGGGGCAGGUCCAGGACACGCGGGUCUGGUCCUGGGCAAGAACCGCCCCCUCCCCGGGCCUGCUUCAGUCUUCCUUCGCAGAAACACUGGGCCAGGCCCCUUCCCUCUUCCCCGGGUGCUUGAAGUCUAGCCCCAACCUGGUCCCAAUGCGCUCUUGGUGGCCUUCUUUCCCAGCUGCCCUCCCGCCGCCAUGCCGCCCCUACUGCCCCUGCGCCUGUGCCGGCUGUGGCCCCACAGCCCUCCCUCCCGGCUCCUCGGAACGGCUGCCGGGCAGCGGUCCAGGCCCAGGAAUUAUUAUGACGUGUUGGGGGUACAUCCUGGUGCCAGCACUGCGGAAGUUAAACGAGCUUUCUUUGCCAAGUCCAAAGAGGCAAAGGGAGAUAAGGGGAGUCCUGCCCCACCCCAGCUGCACCCGGACCGGGACCCUGGAAAUCCAGCCCUGCACAACCGCUUUGUGGAGCUGAGCGAGGCAUACCACGUGCUCAGCCAUGAGCAGAGCCGCCGCAGCUAUGAUGACCAGCUCCGCUCACCUAGCCCCCCAAAGUCUCCAGGAACCACAGCCCAUGACAAGUCUACCUGCCAAACACACAGCAGCUCCCGGGAGCACCCCAAUGCACAGUACUGGUCCCAGUUUCACCAUGUGAGGCCACAGGGGCCCCAGUCUAGGCAGCAGCAAUACAAAUGCAACCAGCAAGUGCUGAGGUACUGCCUCCUGCUCAUGCUGGUCGGCAUGGGCCUGCACUAUGUCAUCUUCAGGAUGGUAGAGCAGAUGCACCUUAACUUCAUGGAUGAAAAGGAUCGGAUCAUCACCGCCAUGUACAACGAGGCGCGGGCGCGGGCCAGGUCUGUUCCUGCUCUAUUCUGCCCCCCUGCUCCCUGUCCUGGCACUACCCUUGGGGAUCCCUGUCCCAACCACCCAGGUGCCCUCUCCUCCAGGGCCAACAGAGCCAGCCUCCAGCAGAAGCAACAAUGGCAGAAGCAGCAGCAGCCACCACCACCAGGGCCAACCCAAGGACCCGAGAUCGUGCCCCCAGGCGCUGACCCCUAAGGGGCUCACCUGGUUGGGUGUCUGCUGUGCGCUCCAUCUUGCUUCCUUCCCAGGACGGCCAGCUCCCCAAAACGCGCACAAUAAAGUGAUUGCAGAGCUCG